UAAUCUAGGCCGACCAUUUAGGAUCUAUUUGACCUCGGAGGAGAGCGGGGUGUCAUUUUUAUCUUCCCCCCCUAAAAAAAAAACCUGCUCCAAUCAUCAGUAGCACGGAGAGCCAGCCUCCAACCACACUACGCGGUUCCUGCUCGCUCUGUGGGGGUUUCCUGAGGUUGGGGAAGGCGAGAGUACGUACAAGGACGAGCAAAUAGACAGAAAGGACAACAAAGCGCGCCGCCUGUCACCGGAGGAUUCGUCGGUCUUCCGUGCCAGGAGCAUCUGGGACUCGCACCGAAAGCGGACAAAACAGCAGGAUGUCAGCCAGAGGAGGAAAGAAGAAGGCCACCAAGCUGUCCCGCUCAGCCAGGGCGGGCGUCAUCUUCCCCGUGGGAAGGAUGAUGAGGUACUUGCGCACCGGCACGCACAAAUACCGCAUUGGCAUGGGGGCGCCGGUCUACAUGGCAGCCGUCAUCGAGUACCUGGCAGCUGAGAUCUUGGAGUUGGCGGGAAACGCAGCGCGGGACAACAAGAAAGGAAGAAUAACUCCCCGGCACAUCAAGCUGGCUGUGGCCAACGACGAGGAGCUCAACCAGCUGCUGCGGGGCGUCACCAUCUCCAACGGCGGCGUGCUGCCGCGGAUCCACCCGGAGCUGCUCUCCAAGAAGAGGGGCAUCCGGGUGAAGGUGGACAGCCCGGCCGCCGUUCCCGAGAAGAAGGUGGAGCAGACGAAGAGCAAGAAGCCCGUCAAGUCCUUCAAAAAGGGGAAAGGGAAGCGAGGACGCAAGCCAAAGAGCGUCGACAGCGAGUCCGUCCCCAACUCCACGGUGGAAGACGGCCCCGGAGACGGCUUCACCAUCCUGUCGGCCAAGAGCCUGUUCCUGGGACAGAAGCUUUCACUCACCGAGAGCGAAAUCAGCAAAAUCGGCGCCAUCAAAGUGGAGGGCAUCAUCAACCCGACCAACGCGGAGAUGGACCUUAAAGACGGAGUGGGCAACGCCCUGGAGAAGGCCGGAGGCCGGGAGUUCCAGGAGGCAGUGAAGGAGCUGCGGAAAGCACAGGGGCCUCUGGAGGUGGCGUCAGUGGCGGUGAGCCCGGCCAGCGGCAUGGCCGCCCGCUUCAUCAUCCACUGCAACGUGCCGCCGUGGGGCUCGGAGAAGUGCGAAGACCAGCUGGAGAAGACGGUGAAGAACUGCCUCUCCGCGGCGGAGGACAAGAAGCUGAAGUCCGUGGCGUUCCCGGCUCUCCCCGCCGGACGGAACGGGUUCCCCAAACAGACGGCCGCCCAGCUCAUCCUCAAGGCCAUCUCCAACCAUUUUGUGUCGUCCAGCAGCUCCUCCCUGAAAAACAUUUACUUCGUCCUGUUUGACAGCGAGAGCAUCGGAAUAUACCUCCAGGAAAUGGCCAAGCUGGACGCCAAGUGAGGAUCCUCCUCUCUCUCUCGAGGGGGG